AAUUUACAAGAACGUGUAUUUUUAGUGAAAUCGGAUUACUCGAGCAACCGAAGCCUUAAUGAAACUUUGUCUUCUUAUGGAACACAUAGACAGCGAAAGCGGGAAAAUGAUGUCCAACGCCUCCGGUAUAUUCGAAUGUAAACAGAAGCUGCUAGUUUAUAAAAAUAAACAAACGCCACUCUGUCUCUGGUUGUCAAUGGUAGCAAAAUAAAAUGUUCACACCAACUGUUCCCCGAUGAUCGGCUUGCAUUGUGCCGAAAUUCGCUGCGGCGCGUUCCACAAAAUAAACCAUUUUCAGAAUCGCGCUCUGCUCCUGUUAAGGAACGUGCCUCAGUUAGUACUCAGCGACGGCAUCGAUCAAACGCUACUUUCUCCGCGAAUAACCAGUCCGUUAGCUUAAGGAAGAAAUGAAAUUUCCCAAUACAUUGGAUUUUAACAGUUUUCGGGCGUACUUUUGUCCGGCUCAUCUCUCACGUGAUGAAAAUCGCCAAGUGGAUGCAAUUAAUCUUGACUGGGACAGCUGUAAUCCCGAAUCACUUAAAAUACUUUGCCUGAAAGCGAUUGCCCACAAUUGGCUCAGUAUACCAUUUUUUCGUGAAAUUCCUUUGUGUGAAGAUAGGCAUUUUCUGUUGGAUCUGCUGGAUAUUGAGUUUCCGCUGGACAUCCUUUGCUCUCGGAUACGCAGUAAUGCAUUUUGGAAGCGCGCGUUCGUCAGUCGAUGGAAAAAUUACUACCCGGUGGAUAUAAACGGGAAACCUUGGAUAAGAGUAUAUUUGGAGAAGCAUGUUUCGGAGACAUUGGAGCAAAUGAAUCCCGCAGAUUACGCGCAGGAAAGCGUUGAGCCAAUCGUGAAUCUAUGUUCUUUGCAUGUUAAAGAACUUAAAAUAUGUCAACUGCAACCACCAAUCGGAGAUAAUAACGAUCACAUUCCGCUGGAUUUGGUUUUAUCGAACCUGCGAGAGCUACGAAAAGUUGAUAUCACGUACGACGUGAAAAAUGCAGGUCAUAAUUUCUACCUUGGUUGUGCAUCAAUCACUGACAAAGAUGUGAAACUAAUGGCACGGGGCUUGGAACGUUGCUACGAAUUGACCGAAUUCCGGCUGCAUAGCACUAAACUAGAACCUGCCAUGAUGAAGCGUCUGGCUGCAGCAAUGGAUAAAGGUUGUCCAAAUUUGACCACUAUAGCAUUUCCGCAUUGUCGCUGUGGAGACGUUGGGAUUCGUGCGUUUUUCGAGGCUUUAUCUCAGGAAUCAUUACCUAAAGCGAAAGAAGUGAUUCUUACCAACAAUUUUCUGUCCUCUGAAAGUAUACUUGAUUUGAUUCAUUUGAUUCGACGAAGACCAAUCGAACGGUUAGAUUUACGGUUGAAUCCGAUUCUCACUGAAGGCGCGAUAUUUGUUCUAACCAUGGUCUUCUAUCUCCCGUUGAAAGAGCUCAAUCUAAGCUGCUGUUCCAUCGACGAAGAAAUAGAGGAAUACCUACUGAUGAUACUUCGCUUCAAUAAAAGUAUAAAAUUCUUGGAUUUUUCGUCGAACAAACUCGGUCUAAUGAUGGGCGAACGAUUGGCGGAACGAGUUCGUGAGAAUAAAACCCUGCAAAAGUUCGAUCUACGCAAUACGGACAUUUCAGCGGAAAUACGUGCGGUUAUCGACGAGAUUGUAAUGGAAAACCGGGAUCCGCACUGUUUAAGCAAUUGGUGAGAUCUAGGAUGGGAGUUUAGCGUGAUGCGAUGUUGAUGUAUUAAUGUGUGUGAAGGUUUUAAUGAACUGAAAUUGGUACAACGGUUUUCGGUAACGAGUCAAUUAUGCAAUUAUAUACAGGGUGGCGCAUAAGUCAAGCAACGCUCUCUGAAGGAAAAAAAACCAUCGAGCGUGUUGGUUCCUGGGCGGAUCAUUUGUCGACUUUGUAUCGUUUUUUAUUCGAGAAUAAGGAUUUUAUAUCGUGAGACAUUUUUUUAUACGAUUUUUUGUGCAAAUCGGUUGCGUGACUUAUGCGCCACCCUGUAUUGUGUAUUAUCAGUUGAGAUCAUGAUUAAGUUCACGCUGAUACCGUUACGAGAAAGUCGUGUGUGUAGUUUGCCAAAGUGUAAACUAUUCUCUACAGUGCUGAACAAGUCGAAUUUCAAUACAAAAAUAUACCACUUUCCUGUAAAAACUGCAACUGAUGUUCACAUAAUUCUUGUUGGGACUGAGGGGACGCUAAUCUGUCGGUAACAACAUGCACUCAAAAUAAUAAUUUUAUCGUCAUGAAGGGUGGAACGAUAAAAAUUUGG